UGGAAGGUUGAUUUCAUCUGUCCUGAAACAUCAAGGAUCAGUAUGCAGCCAGUCCCAUCUGGCAGCUGGGAUGGAGCAGCACCAGCAAUGAUAUAAGUGAAUUGUGCGUAACAGUCCCUUUACUCCCUCUCUUUCUUCCUCUUACUCUCUGGCGGGUGCCUGUGUAACAGCGAAUGAGCUUAAGAAAAAUUCUCUCUCUCGGGGGAGGGAGGAGCACUUCGUUAUGCAGUACAGCUGCAGAACCUACACAUGCUCAUGCACACAUUUACUGCAAGAAGCAGAGAAAAUAGUGUAGUCCAGCUGACUUUAGAAAGAAAAAGAACAGGAGGUUGUGACGCAGCCUCAAGGACUUUUGUGCUUCUCCACAUGUGAAUUCAGGCACAGUCUGCAACCCUACACAGUCACUAGCAAGUGACUCGUAUGUGUUGAAAGAUGAAAGGAACAAGAUGAUAUGAAGACCAUAUUCAAUUCUUGAGAGAAGUACAUUUAUGGCUUUGGCCUGCCCAGCUUCAUAAGUGGUUAGGUGACAAAACAUAGCAAUUGUUGAUCACUUGGGCCAAUUCCAUGUUCCGCUUGCCUGCCUGCUUCAGAGGUCAUUCUAAUUAUGGAUUAAAGUUACAGAUAUCAUCAUCAUCUCUUCUGACUUGCUAGUAUACAACUUGGAAACCGUGGUGAUCAUACCUGGAUACUUAAACCAGUUAUAUGACGCAUCCUUUCUUCCCAUCAUACAUUUUGCUGUUUGGAUCAUCAGAUUCAGAAUGGGAACAUCUAUCUUGGAGUUUCUUGUGAUAUUAGCAAUCAUGUGGGUCACAGUUUGUGGUAUAAUGCAGAACUAUGCAACAUUUGGUCCAGUUUUUGAAGAGCAACCAGAUAAUACACUGUUCCCUGAAGAGUCAGAAGAACAAGUGAGUCUUCAAUGCCAGGCAAGAGCAAGCCCUCCUGCUACUUACAGGUGGAAAGUGAAUGGAACUGAACUAGCUACGGAGUCAGACACUCAUUAUAGCCUCAUUGGAGGCAAUCUUGUCAUCAUGAAACCUGAUAAAGCAAAGCAUUCUGGAUCCUAUCAAUGUAUAGCAUCAAACUCCAUGGGAACCAUUGUCAGCAAAGAGGCGCACCUUCGCUUUGGCUACCUACAGUGGUUUUCAGCAGAAGAACGAAAUCCAGUAACGUCGAAAGAAGGAUUAGGGACAGUAAUUUCAUGCAACCCACCCCCACAUUAUCCAGGUCUGUCUUAUCGAUGGUUAUUGAACGAGUUUCCUAAAUUUAUCUCCCCUGAUGGAAGACACUUCAUUUCCCAGGUGACUGGUAAUCUCUACUUUGCCAAGACAGAGGCAGCUGACAAGGGAGCAUAUUCCUGCCUAGCCACUAGCAAUGCAAUCUCCAAGAGCUCAUUCAGCAAAUUCAUCCAGCUGAAUGUAUUCAAUGAGGGAGAAUCAAAGCAGUACCCCCCCAGCAUAAAAGCAAAGUUUCCUCCUGAAAACUAUGUGUUGACUGGGCAGACAGUGAACCUCGAGUGCUUUGCAUUUGGAAACCCUGUCCCUCAGAUAAAAUGGAGGAAGGUUGAUGGGACAUUGUCUCCAGAGUGGAAGGUGACAGAGCCAGUACUGCAGAUAACUAACAUCGGAUUUGAGGAGGAGGGAACAUAUGAAUGUGAGGCUGAAAAUGCCAAAGGCAAAGACGUUUUCCGGGGCCGAGUAAUUGUGCAAGCACAGCCUGAGUGGUUGCAGGUAAUCACGGACACUGAGGCAGAUGUUGAGUCAGAUCUGCAGUGGACCUGUGCAGCAGCUGGUAAACCAAGACCUAGUGUGCGGUGGCUCAGAAAUGGACAGCCGUUGUUAUCCAAGAAUCACGUUGAUGUGAAUGGUGGAACACUGAGAAUCACCAAACUGACCAAGGAAGAUGCUGGAAUGUACCAGUGUGUGGCUGAAAACAAACACGGAACAAUUUAUACAAAUGCAGAGCUAAAAGUUCUAAUCCUCGCUCCUGAUUUCCGAAUGACCCCAGUGAGGCCAUUAAUACCAGCAGCACGUGGAGGGGAAGUGUUCAUUAAAUGUCAGCCAAGAGCAGCACCGAAACCUCUGAUCUUUUGGAGUAAAGGAACUGAACUGCUGACUAACAGUUCCAGUACAGUGAUUACCUUGGAUGGUAGCUUGUGGAUUAAAAAUAUCAGCAAAAGAGAUGAAGGCAAAUAUACAUGUUUUGCAGAAAAUUCUUUGGGAAAGGCCAACAGCACUGGGACCCUCUCAGUUCGAGAAGCUACGAAAAUUACCUUGGCUCCAACCAGUGCUGAUAUAAAGGUGGGAGAGAGUGCCACACUGCAGUGUCACGCAUCACAUGACCCAACUAUGGACCUCACCUUUACCUGGUCAUUGGAUAGUUCUCUUAUCAAUUUUGACAAGGAGAAAGGGCACUAUCUGCGUCCUACAGAGAAUGAAACAAUUGGAGAUUUGACCAUUGUUAAUGCACAGCUGAAGCAUUCUGGGAAUUAUACCUGCACUGCCCAAUCAGUUGUAGACAGCUCAUCUGCAUCAGCUGUGGUAGUUGUAAGAGGACCUCCUGGUCCACCAGGUGGUAUAGUGGUAAAAAAUGUGUAUGACACAUCAGUGGAGCUGAGCUGGAGCCGUGGCUAUGACAAUCAUAGUCCUAUUGGAAAGUACACAAUCGAGGCUCAAACACUGCUCUCAAGCCAGUGGAAGCAGGCCAAAACUGUUCCUACAACCAUUGAAGGAAACAGAGAGAAUGCCCAAGUAAUCAGCCUGGUGCCAUGGAUGGAUUAUAGGUUCCGUGUGACAGCCACCAAUAUUUUAGGAACUGGAGAACCCAGCAUGCCAUCCAGUGUUGUUCGCACAAAAGAAGCAGCACCCAUGGUUGCCCCAUCUGGUCUCAGCGGUGGAGGAGGAGAUCCACACGAACUCAUAAUAAACUGGAUGCCAAUGGCACAAGAAUACCAAUAUGGAAAUGGCUUUGGUUACAUCCUGGCAUUCCGCAAGAUGGGCAGCACAGACUGGCAAAGCGCCAAGGUACCUAAUGCUCAGUCUUCCCGCUAUGUGUACAAAAAUGAAACAAUCGCUCCCUAUACACCUUUUGAAGUGAAAAUCAAAGGCUAUAACAGUCAAGGAGAGGGACCCUAUAGCCAGACUGCCACAGUAUACUCAGCUGAAGAAGUUCCCAAGCUAGUACCAUCAAAUGUCACAGCAAAUGCAUUUUCUUCCCAAGAAAUAUCAAUGACUUGGAAUCCUGUCCAACAAACUGAUACAAAUGGAAUUCUGCAAGGCUAUGAGAUCAAGUACUGGAAAGCAAAUGAGAAUGAAGCAGCAGCAAACAGAGUGAGGACAGCAGGGCUUGAAACCCAGGCUCGAAUUCCAGGCUUACUGCCCAACACACUGUACAGUGUGGCAGUUAGUGUCUAUAACAGUGCUGGUGCUGGACCACCUAGUGCUGCCAAAAUGGUUACUACAAAGAAAGCUCUUCCCAGCCAACCCCCUAGCAGCAUCACAUGGAAAAAUCAUGGUUCCCGAGUCACUAUUAUGUGGGAUCACGUUAAGGCACAUAAGAAUGAAUCAGCGGUGCAGGGAUAUAAGGUUCUUCACAAACAAGAGGGGCAUGCAAUACCAAAGCUUUACACGACAACAAAAAACUCAAUACAGCUUCCGCUCCCUGAUGACAACAGUUACAUGGCUGUGGAAGUCCGUGCUGUUGGAGAAGGAGGUGAAGGACCCCCUGCAGAAGUCAUUAUAUCAAAGGAUGCUGGUACAGGCAUGAUGGUUCACAAUCCCUCCACAAAUACAUCUGCUCAUGGAAUCUUGACUGCCACUAUUCUAAUGCUUGUUCUAAUUGGUUGGCUGGAGCUUUGACCGUGUCCUCACAACUUCAAUGAAGACCAUGGAUUUUCUCAGCUAUGAGAUCUCAUUAUUCCAUUAUUUUCACAAUCACAACUUUAUAUCACAGUAUCACAAAAAAUGGAAAACAGGGGUUUGUCUCACAAAGAAAUUACAUUUUUGUAGAUGAUAGAUUUUCUACAAGAAACUCGGAUGACUACAAUAAAUUUAGACCUUUUUUAAUGCAUAACCCAUAAAAAUGGACAAUAUCUAGGUUUUAAACAAUUGACAAGUUUUUGCCUUAUUUAAAAAAAAAGAAGAAACUUGUAUGUACCUGACUUGUAAAGUCUGUUGUUGUAAUGGGUUUGAAUAAACCCACCUUGCAACUAGUGGAAUGUGCAGUGAUGACAGUACAGGUGUACAUUAAUAAGUAGCCAGUACCAUACAAUGGGGUUACAGGUCAUGCAGAUCUGCUCUAGGGGGUAUCUUAAAAGUAAACCUGAUGCAAACAGAUGGUGAGAAUGCAACUCACAGUGAUACCAUUAUGCUGUGGUUAGAGUGGAUGCCAGCCUCUGGAAAACAGGAACAACAGUGGUGAACAUAUCCAUUGUUUACUCCAUGGAUAUCAUGUACAGCCCCAGAGUGGUAAACUGCAUCAAUGCUUCAGAAGGCCAUUCUAAGAAUACCAAGAGGACCUUUGAUAAAAGUAAGGGUCUGGCCAAAGAUAAGUAUUAUUAUGCAACAUGAAAGGUAGUGCAGUAGACCAAGAAGUGAAUGCAAUUUUUCUAAAUGUGAAUAAAUUUGUGGAAGUGUUA